AUCCCAGGAAGAUCAAAACAAAAGAAAGCAAGAGGGUGGGCCCACGCGAUCCCAAUGUCAAAAGGUCGAUAUGAAGCCCGAUUCAACAUGCAAAGGGAGAUGAACCGACCAACGAAGCAGCUGAAUGAGAAACUGGAAUGGACGAAGCGAAGAACGAAAUGAAACGCAACUGCGUGCUGCUGCACAUGUGAUUGGACGGGUAUUGGGUUUUUCGAGUCAUGCGGGAAUUUCAUGUCUAUAUGUUGUGUCCUCUCCGACGACCUAUUUGUUGUAUAUAGGGAAUUCUUUCCUUUUUCCCUUAGUCGUUUUCGAGACGGCCGGUCUCUCUAUCACUAGAGUUAGAAUCAAUGCGGCUCGCUCGCCACCCUAUGGCAGAAACCUACCAAUAUUGACUAUUCUUCGGUUACCAUUCAACAAUGUAUGUUACUAAAUUAGUUGUGAAUGUCGGGCAGACGGGUAGGCAGUUUAACGUCAAAUCAUAUGCUUCACUAUUACAACA